CAGCGCGACACGCCCUCCGACUCCUCGCACUACCUCCAGCCUCUAGACGUUCCAGGACGAGCAAACGUAGUCUGAGUCACUAUGCACAGCAUUUACGCACGCAUCAACGGCCUCACUGCGCUCCUGUCGACAUGUGUGAUGGUCCUCCUAGGCACCAUCGCGCUCUCCUCUCUCAUCUACACUGCCGACCCCAAGGGCGAACUUUCUAUCAACUCAAUACGAGUCCACCCUGGCAAGGAGCGGCGGUAUCCUCGGCGGACUCGCGAGUUCGCGUUCGUCAACUUCAAUGUAACUGCAGACUUGACACCCCUCUUCAACUGGAACACAAAACAACUUUUCCUUUACCUGGAGGCGGAGUACGAGAACGUCAAAGGAGUGAAGAAUGAUGUGGUCAUCUGGGACCGUAUCGUGCGCCGGAAAGAAGACGCAGUGAUUAACGUGCAAGGAAAGAACAAAUACAAGUUCAAGGACCUGGCCAAAUCGUUCAAGGAUGUCCCACCGGCGCAUUACUCGCUGAAGUACAAUGUCAUGCCCUACGUCGGCGUGCUCACCUAUGGCGAGGCCGCCCGUACGACCGAGGCGAUCGAGUUCCCCGAGGCGCAGGACACUAUGUAGAGAGCCACUCAGUGGUCGAUGGCCGAUGUCGUACGUACAGUAUGUCCUUGCUAAUCGGGAACAAGUGUAACCACUAUC